AUGAAUGCUUUUUUAUUAUGGGCACGAGGUGAAAGAAAACGAGUGUCAAGUGAUGGUUAUGGCGUUAGUCAAACAUCACUGAGUAAAUUUCUAGGUGAAACAUGGCGGCAUAUGUCCGUCGAUGAAAAGCAGCCAUUCUUAGAUAUGGCUGAAGCAUUGAAAAGACAAUACUAUAAUGAUCAUCCGGACUAUAGACUCAAAUUAAAACAACGCUCGACGACCGCCAAUAAAACAAUAGCAAGAAAGCAUCAUUCACCUACAGCACAACGACAAUUGUCAACUAUGAACUCAUCAUCAUAUUAUUCAUCUUUUUCUCCACUUUUUUCAAACGAACAACAACAACAACAACAAUCAUCAUCAUCAUCAUCUAUGUCUACUGUUACUCCUCAUUCAAUACAACCAACAGUUUUACAUAUGUGUCAAGCUAUGAUUCCAACAUCAUCAUCAUCUGAUACUAAUAAUGAAUGGUUUUUAAAACUUAUAAGUCAACCUCAAUCUGUUAUCGUUGCACCUCAUCCGCGAACACAAACAUCAGCUAAUGCAUCGCGUCGAGCUGUACGUAUACAAAUUAUAAAUAAACAUGAUGAUAUUACUUUACCUCCACCAACAUUAUUAUCUAUGACACCUUCACCAUUAUCAUCAUCAUCAGUUACUAUGGAUGAAACAACAUCGACAUUAGUUGAUUAUCUUACAAAUAAUUGUCCUAUGUUCAAUAUUCCUAACAAUCAACACGAACAAAUAUCUACUAUGGAUACUAUGACUGGAUAUGAAACAUUACAAGACUCAGCCAAUAUUCAUUUAAUGGAUCUUAAUCAUCAUGAUGAUGUUAAUGGUUGGAUUGAUACACCAUUAUCAAACUUUGGUACUAAUGUUGCAGAUAUAAAUUCAACCACAUCAUUAUCAUCAUCAUACUUAUGUUAUGAUUUUUUAUGCCUUUAA